AGUAUAUGGAAACCGCCAUUUUUAAUCUGUAAUUUAUUCCAAUCGGGCGAACAAUUUAUCAAGGAAUUAUCAGGCACUUUUUGCCGAAUUUAUUGUUGAUGCUUAGAAUUGAUAAAACGUUACGAAUUUACUAUUGUACGUAACUAUGAAUCCUUGUUCUGUGCCUGCUCCUCAAAUAGACUGUGAAGGUGAUGGCAGAUGGAACAGCAUUCAUAACAGAUUUUUGUCUGAUGCCAAAGGCAAAGAUGCUGAUGUUAUAUUCAUAGGAGACUCGAUAUUACAAGCACUAGAACACACUGAAGUAUGGAAUCAGUGGUUUUCUCCACUCCAUUGCCUUAACUUUAGCAUUCACAAAGACCAAACACAAAAUGUUUUGUGGCGUAUUAAAAAUGGAGAACUGGAUCAUGUAGAUGCAAAAGUGAUAGUGGUGCAUGUUGGCACCAACAAUGUUGAACAUACUGCCGAGCAAGUCUGUGAAGGUAUCCUAGAAAUAGUUAGAACUAUCAGGGAAAAACACCCAAGUGCUUACAUAGUAUUACCUAGUCUACUCCCACGUGGACAGCAUCCUAACGCUUUAAGAGAAAAGAAUUCAAAAAUCAAUCAACUUUUGAAGGAAAAGGUCUCUAACAUGAAUAAAGUGGAAUUGGUUUCUAUAGACAAGGGUUUCAUACAAAAUGAUGGAACUAUUAGCCAUCAUGACAUGCAUGACUACCUCACACCUACCAAUGCAGCUUGCCGUAAGGCCUUUGAACCUAUUUAUGAUCUCUUACAGCAAAUUUUGGCUGAAGGAGAACCAGAAAAAGACUUAACACCUUCUGAAUGAAUCAAUUUACAAGUAAUGGUAGCUUUUUAUGCAGCAAACUCAUUGUGAUGAAUUAUUAGUACUUACAUUAGCUUUUUUAUCUUAGACUUAAGUAUCUAAUAUUUUAAAUUAAAUUUAUUUAUCUUUUUAACUUUUACAUUCCAAAUUAAGGUGAACAUUAUUUUUUAAUUGGCUGUGUUUUUAUCAAGGUAAUGAAAUGUUAAAUGAUUCCUAUAAUGUUAAGAUGCAGUAAGAAAAUUAAUGCAGUGUUAAGACAUAUUCCAUAAACAAUUUCUGAGCUAAGCAUUGGGAGAAUGUUAUUGUUACUUAUUGGAGAACAUGAUAAUUGAGCCAAUAGAAUUGGUUUAUACAACACAUAGCCAAUAUGGUUGGUUCAUUUAUCACAAAGCAUGAAAUAUUUGUGUAGCCAUGCCAUGCUAUGGGGCUAUUCACUGUAACAAGCUGUCCUUUACAUUGAAGUGACAAUAAUGAUUAUUCUUUGAAUACCUACACUCUGGAAUUACAGUUGACACAAUAUUUAUUAUAUUUAUAACUUCGCUCAUUUUUCACAGGGUUCUGUACUUAUUUCUAUCACUUUCUAAAGCAAUGGCUGUUAAUAUCUAAUUCAAAAAUGUCAUUAUUUAAAUAUUUGCACAUCACAUUAUUAUUACAGAAUUGACUGGAACCAAAGAUUUUGGAAUGUUCUUUACCAAAGUUAUGAUUAUAUAUUCAAAAUUGCAUAAUUUGGGUCACUUAGCAAAGAAGUUUUAAAGUCCUUAUAAUAUGAUCAAUUUUAGAGAAACUGUCAGCUUCUUUGUUAGGUAAUAGCUUAACUGUAUGCAAUAUCUAUUUUUGAUACCAAUCUCAAUUGUUGAAUUCAAAAUGUAGUUUGAACUGGACAUGUUAAUAAGGUAAUGAACACAUUGAGAUUUCAACAUACUAAUAAAGUAAUAGGUAUAAAUUAUCUUAAUUUUUAUGCGUAUUAGAAAAGCUAGAAGCCUAGAAUGCAAUAAGUACACUGUAAAAUUUCAGUUUAUGUAUUAUUUACAUUAAAUGUAAUUUGUUAGUAGGAAUGAUAUUGCUUAUAGCUUAUCAAUAGGUGUUGAUUAAGGUACAUUUAGGUACUCAGGUUGCCAAAUGAAAUGUUGCUUGAAUCUCAAAUAGUUAAGAGUAUUUAUUUGCAUGAAUAAGCUUGAGAGUAAACAGUGCAAUUUCCUAA